UAUCACGUGGCUUCCGGAAUGCUCGGCUUCCACGCCUCUUUUCGUCUUUGGAGUUGAUGUUCGACACGAGAAUUCGGUGCUUGUUCUCAUUUUUGAGCUAAGGCCGUAUCGGCGACUUGCACAGUUUUAUAAAUUCAUCAAGCAUUUAUUUUAGAAAAAUAAGAUACUUAAGAUGACUAACAAAGCCGACUUAGCAUGCGUUUAUUCCGCACUUAUCCUCAUCGACGAUGAUAUCGCUGUUACAGGCGAAAAGAUCCAGACUAUAUUAAAGGCAGCGUCGGUGGAUGUUGAACCUUACUGGCCUGGUCUUUUUGCGAAGGCUUUAGAGGGUAUCAAUGUCAAGGACUUAAUUACCAGGAUAGGUUCUGGAGUCGGUGCUGCACCAGCUGGCAAUGCACCUGCUGCUGCAGUUGCUGCCACCGAAGCACCUGCUGCUAAAGAGGAAAAGAAGAAGGAAGAGCCUGAAGAAGAAUCAGAUGAUGAUAUGGGCUUCGGUCUGUUUGACUAAAUCGGCAUUCGUGGCUUCAUUUUUUUUUUUUUUUUUUUUUUGUACAAUUGUUUGUACAAAAUAAAUA